AGGAACCUGAGGAGCCCGGAAGGCAUGACAUCACCGUUCCUCCUCCCAGCUACCGAAGGCGCCGCGCGCUGACCUCACAAACACGGCUUCUGCUGGUACGGGCUGGUUACGCCCUCCAGCUGCGCCCCCUACACGACGACAGACGCGUCCCCCAGCCCUUCUCCUGUCCUACCACUUGUGGCGGCCAUGAAGGGGACCCCCAGCUCCCUGGACACCCUGAUGUGGAUCUACCACUUCCAUAGCUCCACCGAGGUGGCCCUCCAGCCCCCGCUUCUGUCUUCCCUGGAACUCUCCGUGGCCGCAGCCCAUGAAUAUCUGGAGCAGAGAUUCAGAGAGCUGAAGUCCCUGGAGCCACCAGAGCCGAAGAUGCAGGGGAUGCUGCCUGCCCCGAAGCCCACCCUGGGGCUGGUGUUAAGAGAAGCCACAGCCAGCCUCGUGAGCUUCGGCGCCACCUUGUUAGAGAUCUCAGCCUUGUGGCUGCAGCAGGAGGCGCGGCGACUAGACGGCAGCGCGGGCCCAGCCCCAGACGGCAGGGAUCCGGGUGCAGCGCUGAGCCGGGUAGCCCAGGCCGCAGGGCAGGGGGCUCGGCAAGCUGGGGCUGCGGUGGGCGCCAGCGCCCGGCUCCUAGUCCAGGGAGCGUGGCUAUGCCUGUGUGGACGGGGUCUGCCUCAUUCCUGCGACAGUGGCAACAGCAGCUAGGCCUCGGAAUCCCAGGAGAACCGAGCUACUCAGGAGACCUCCAGGUGACAUCCAGCAGCAGUGAGGAGGACGGCGGACAAGGGACUCCAUCCCCGUACCAGCCCCACCCAGCGUCCGAAUAAAGCCCAGGGCGGGGCGAGACAGCCAGAGCUUUUCCCCGGGUCUCCGGGUUUUGGCCACGCCCCCACCCGACAACCUCCCCGGCCCCGCCCUUCACACUGGCCACACCCCCGCGGGGGCUCCGCCUUCACCUGCCCAGGAGCGGCACGCUCAGAGACGUCUCUGGGAUUUUCUGGGCAAUGAGGAACAAGAAGACGGUCUGGGCGAGCAGGACGUUGAUGGAGACCGUGCAUUUCUGGCCGCCGGCUGGAGGGAGAGCCAGUGAGAGCGGGCCCCGCCUCCCGGGAGCGAGCCCGGGUUUGGGGGUGGGUUUGGGGGUGGGUUCGGGGCCACUGCUUACCCUGCGCCGGCAGGAAGUAGGCGAGCAGCACCAGGCCCGAGAUGAGCACACAGGGCGCGAUGAUGUUAAUGACGUAGAAGAGCGGCUUCCGGCGGAUGAUGAGCGAGUAGAUGACGUCAGUCUCCCCUGGGCCGUCGGUGGCGCCACCGUGGUGGCGGCGGAUCACCCCCGGGCAGAAGUCGAUGGCCCACUCGCCGUUCUCUGCGGGACGGGGGCACGGUCAGCUGGCUGUCGGAGCUGGGCGCCCGCCGAGCUGACAGCGGGCUGAAGAGGAGGCUGCGGCUGUCUGCACCAGGGUCAUGGGCCGUCAGGAUGGGGGCAAUUACGGACAGAAAAGGGCAUUCUCGUUGAGGGUAUGGAAAGCCAGAAGGCAGGACUAGAGUAACAAUCGAGAAUGAUUUCAGGACAGGGGUAAGCUAAACCCAGUUGUGGAAGUCAUCCUCCAGUGUCGUUGGUCCGGGGCAAGCCCACCCUGGAAGUCCCCUCUCUGGACCCCGUCUAGAAGCGGGUUUUUCUGAGCAGGCAGGGGCUUCACCAGUAUAGGCCUCUGUGUCGAUGUCGAUCUUGUUGAUGGUCUUGCCGUCGUCGUCUACGGCAAAAGUGAACUCCACCUCUUCGGCAUUGUACGUCUGAGAGCUGCGGAGCCAGGGCCGGGAGCCCACCCCACAAGCUCUGACCCGGGCCCCGACCUCAGGCCCAGCCCUGGAAGCUGGGAUCGAGCGGGGCCGCGAUCCCAAGCCCACCCCUUCACCCAAGCCCAGCCUGAGCGCCUCUGUUCCCAUCUGUACCUCCGGCCGUGCUAGAGCGUCCCACCCAGUGCCUACGCCUGGCUCCGCCUCCAGCGCGAAGCCCCGCCCCGAGGGCGGUGCUUCCCGAUUGGCCCCGCCCCAUAAGGCCCCUCCCAUAAUCGUCCGGGCCGCGGAGUAACUCUUCCCACCGGAAAAUAAGCGAACAGUUCUGCCAAUCGAAGGGGAAGUAGGUGACCUCCACUGCGCAGACGCUGCGGUAGAUGGCCGGAGGCAGCCACUUCACGGAGCCGCCCUCGUAGACCAGCACGUUGGCGUCGUAGGCCACUCCGAACUGGCCAUCAAUACUGUGGGCUCGGGGAAACCGAGCUUUUUGCACAGAUCUGCACCCUCUCGGAGUACCCCCUUCCCCAACCAAGUCCAGCCCGCACCCCGGGCCGGCUUCCCUCCAGCCUGGCGUCUGGCCCGGUUCUCACUUGUUUUCCAGCACAAUCUCUGGCAGCCACACGAGUUCUGAAGGGACUCGCAGGGUUUCUAUACCCCCAAAGUCGUCCUUGCUGUAGUUGAGUCGGUAAUCCUGCCAAUCCUAAGGGGUGGGGGACGGAAGGCCGCGUGCCCUGCAUCUCCCACCUGGCGCUGCCUGGGAGGGGUUUGGGGGAAAAGGGGUCCCCUGGACAAGACCUCACACCGUUCCCCAGAUUUGACUCACGAUUCCAAUCCAGACGCUAGUGGUGAGAGUCUCCUCUUUUUCAUUCUGCAGAUGGGAGAUGCGGAUGAUUGAAGUGAGAUUUCAGGGCCAGAAGUGAGCUUUAGGACAGAGCUCAGCGGUUGGGGCCAGAAGUGGGAUUUUUGGCUUAAGAUGAGGGUGGGGGUAGCUUACCAGUGAGAUGAGAUUCGUCAGGGUGACCUUGAGGCUGAUGGUGACAGUAUCCUCAGGCUCCCGCACUGGCCGGCUUCCUGGGUCAUAGUUGUUGAAGAGAUGGUGAUAAAGACGCAGUUCGUCGUUCUUCCCCACACCCCUGCCUGCGAUGGGGUCAAGAAGGAAGGGUCAUUGACAAUGAAGAGGCUGGAGCACCUCUCUCCCCUCUGCCUCCUCUGGGUCCUCACAGGCCUCUGACGCUGUGUAUUAUCAGUAUCUGUCUCCUAAACCAAUUAUGCUGUGCCUGGGAACCAAAUACUGUGUCUAAGUCUC